CCCACAAAGUACCGUCAACGGUAUUCCACAAGAGAAAGACUACCUCUUGACUAUGUCCGAUAUUCAAGGAGUUCAAGUGCGAGCUAAACUGGUUGUACUCAGCUGUUGUCACAGUGGGCGUGGACGAGUUAAAAAGGAAGGAGUUAUUGGAAUCGCUAGAGCAUUCUUAGCAUCCGGUGCACGUUCAGUGUUGGUAGCAUCGUGGGCUAUAGACGACCAAGCAACGGCGAACCUCAUGAAGCAUUUCUAUAAACACCUUGUUCGUGGAGAAAGUGCCAGUGAAUCUCUUCACCAGGCCGUUCAAUGGUUGAGAUGCAAUGGCUUCCCCAAACCUUCCCAAUGGGCUCCGUUUGUGCUGAUGGGGGAUAACGUGACAUUUGAUUUUUUGAAAAAAGGGAAAGAAGAACUCAAAGAGGAUAACAAAGAGGCAAAGAAAGGAACAGAGUAACGAGUGAUCCUAUACAAAAAUUU